AUGGCAUACAACAGAGCCUUCAAUCCUGAUGCCUUGCCUGCUCACGCAGAGCCUGAGCAGGCUGCGCAAGCCCUCAGUCAACUCGAAGCAAAUCGCAAAGCUCUCCGUCCCAGUCCAAACCAAGCUCCUUCGAAUCCGAACGCUCAGCAGCCUCCGUUGGCUGGGGGCCGUCGUCCGUCCCCUGCGGGCAUCCCCCAGAACUCCUAUCGACCGCCUCCCGUGCAAAUAAAUCCACAACAACACCCAAUAAACAGUCAAUAUUAUGGUGACAACCAGUUUUCCCGCUUGCAAUCACCUCCUCCAACAAGCUACGGCUACGCGUCUCGUCCGCCGAUCGAUCCUGCCAACGCGCGACGAACUUCGCACGAAACGAAUCAAUAUCCGUCCAGGACACCUGCACCCCAAGAUCCCGACACAGUCGACUUACAGCCUCUUUUCCGUGCUGCAAAUGCAUCAGGCACCGGAUCACUGACGACAACGGAGCUGGGUUCGGCCCUGGUGAAUGCCGACUUCACCCCUUUUGAUGGGCGAACCAUCUCUUCCUUGAUGCGCAUGUUCACCAACUCCCCUCCAAACCAGUACCUAGGCCCGACCAUCACCUACCAAGAGUUUGAAAACCUUUGGCGCUUCCUGGCCGCGUGGCGCGCCCUGUUCGAGAAAUUUGAUGAGGAUAGGAGCGGGCGGAUAUCGCUGGCAGAGUUCUCCAAGGCGCUGACGGCGUUUGGAUAUCGGUUGUCCCCGCCUUUCGUCAACAUUCUCUAUCACACAUUCAAUGAUCGCAGUCCCAUCCAGAACCAAGGCAUGAGCUUUGAUCUAUUUGUGCAAUCAUGCAUCAGCCUGAAAAGGAUGACUGACGUCUUUAAGAAAUACGACGACGACCGAGAUGGAUAUGUCACCAUGAGCUUCGAGGAAUUCCUCACAGAGAUUCUGCGAUUGCGGGACUGA